AUGAACUUUCAAAACCUGAACUUCGACUACGUGGAGCCACCUCACGACGCAGAACAUGCUUCACUCGAUCAAGCAUCACUCUCGCCUCAACCAACCGCCACCCCCCACACUUUGAGCUCGUCUUCAUCCGAUCCUUCUCACUCCUCUUCAGAGAUAUACGGCCCUGAGCGGCUCUACGGACGUCCUCUGGUUCCUCCCACUAUGGCGAACCAAACCGAUCAGCCCUCGCGGCCAUGGCCACAACCACAGUACACUCCAGAACAGUUGCGCGUCAUUGCCGAGGCACAACGUCGCCGCUCGGUUCCUGUCGUGCCAAUGGCUGGCAGGCCCGCUGAAGUAUUUCGCGAUCAGCUGGCACUCGAGGCCGCUCGCGUCACCCCAGGAGUCGACGACACUCCUUACAUACAGUAUGCCCUGGAAGCCAUGACGCGGGAGCAACAAGGGCAGUCGGACCCGUCGUCUAUGAGCUCCGAGGGCCAGCGACUCGUUCCUGACCAUGGCCUGGGAUACUACCAGCAUCAGAAUGCCCCGGUCACGCCGCAGCCCGCCUCUUCUCGCCCCGAAAACUUGACAGGGCCUAAUGAGGAACAGAGCGCGCCACUUCUUGCGGCUCCUGACCUCACGCCAGCUUCUCAGCGCUCCUCAAUGUCGACUUUGGUGAGGGGCACUAACACGGGCACUGCAGCUCCACCAGUCCAGCCAACAGAAGCAUGGCGGCCGAUUGAGCCCGAGCUCAUGACAGACGGCCGAGAGAGAAUCAACCCCAGACUGGUCUUCAAGCCCAAGAUUCUACGGCCCGCGUCUUUGAUAACGUUAAUGAUCCUGUGUAUCAUGAUGAUCGCGGCUCUUGUCUUCUGCGCAAUCUACUCCGUGAGAUGGGCUGGGCUCUGGGAAUAUUCUGGCUCAAUUUACAACGGCAAAUAUUUCUUAUUCCGGGUCUUUCCAGCAAUUCUAGGCGCCGUCAUCCUUUUCUAUGCCCAAUGCAUCGUCACCACCAUGAUUCGCAUGCGUCCAUAUGCGAGAUUAGCUUCGCCAGAGAAGAAGGGACGCCACAAUGCCAUUUUCGACGAGCUCUACCCCACUUCGUUUCUGCGUCCGCAGUUGGUGGGAACAUGGGAUACAUGGUUGCCAAUGCUUAUUACCUGGGUCAUGAACAUCACGCUGCCACUACAGAGCUGCCUGUUCACUGUCAUCUAUGUGGACGGGCAUUGGAGGUGGGCCACGGUUCAGGGGGUUGCCUGGACGCUGGUGGCACUGUACAUACUGCUGGCUGCAGCUAUUGGCAUCGAGCUGGGUUAUUGGCUGAAGGCCAAGACUGGCGUGAUGUGGGAUCCGAGAUCGAUCGCAGACGUCAUCGCCAUUGUCUCUCACAGCGAUACCUUGGCGGAGUACAAGGACACGGAAAUCCUUGGUUCCAGAGAUGACCUUGAAAGAGUGUUGGUAGACAGAAGAACUGACUUGCUCGCGUACUGGACUUCGGCGGAACACAACAAGCACCACGAUUUGUGGUAUGCCUUGGGCUCUGGCAGCUAUCAGGACGCGUGGGGUUCACCCGCCCUAUUCAGAGAAGCAUUUGAUGAGAAGAGCUCGUCUCAGGCCCAUGAAAAACCUACACCAGCGCAACGCAGGGCGCAGAGGAGAAGUCUACUAUGGGACGGCAUCAGCCGAACCUCGCCAGACUUGCCGACCGUCCGCUACCGGUACAUACCCCGGUGUCUAAACAGCCUCACGCUCCUUUGCUGCAUCAUCUUUGGUCUGGGAAUCGUCGUGGCCGUCUUCGUUGUUUCCUUCAUACCUCACACGAGGAUCACCAACGGUUUCCUUCCCCGUCUCUCAGCAGCACCCAUACACGGCGCGUUCUCAGCAGCAGACUUCCUUUACAGCUUCAUUCCGGCACUGCUCGGGCUCAUCUUAUUCAUGGUGUUCCAAGACCUCGAUCUGCAUAUGCGCAUUCUUCAACCCUGGGGCGAACUCAGCAACCCCCCUUCCGGAGGCGCCCUCCCAGAGGCAUCUAUCCUCGCCGACUACGCGUCCUGCUACCCAUUUCAGAGCUCGUGGCAUGCCUUACGAAAUGGUCACUGGCGCGUCGCCUAUAUCUCGCUCUUCUCCACACUCUUCGUGUUUCUGCCAAUCUUUGCGGGGGGUAUGUUCAUCGCCCUGACACCAGAGGACAAUAUCGUGCGCGUGUUUCCGCAAAUACCGCUAUUCGCUCUCACACUGGCCCUACUGGUCCUCUACUGGCUUGCAUUAGUGAUCAUUUAUCCGAGAAGGAAACAAUUUCGCCUGCCUCACAGGGUCACCUGUCUCGCUGAGAUUAUCAGCUUCGUGGCAAACGACGACCUGAUGGGCGACGAGGCUUUCCAGGGCAUGAUUAGGAACAAGACCACAUUGGUGGGCAAGCUGGGCGUGGACAGGUGUGACGAAGAGAAGCCGCGUUGGGUAUUCAGCAUCGGUGGUGCGGGCGCAAAGGACGACAGGCUUAGUGUGCGUAAGGUCCGCAAAUUUACUGAAUCGCGUGGUGCAUACGGGGGAGAGAGCGCGAGGCUGAUGAGUUCGCGAGGAACGGCGGCGCCGAGUCUAGGCACGGGCACGCUGAGCAGCAGGAGAGAGGCGAGGAGAGCGGAGAGAGAUGUCAGAGUCAGCCCGCAAUAUGUGUUCGCGGGCAACAAUUAG